UGCUCUCCACGUCUUUCAAGCUCUUUCGAGGAGCUUUGAGUGUGAAUUGUUGAUCUGUGAAGAGCAAUAACUCUGUGGCUGGGGUGCAGGAAGGAGAGGGGAAAUCCGAGGGGGCUGGAUUCGCAGAGGGAGGAGGAUCCGGGACUGGUUAGGAUUUUGUUUAAUGUUGAAUGGGCUGAUUCUCUAGUUUUGUAGCUGGUCUUGUGUUGAAUUGGUUGCGGUUUUCGAUUGCGAAGUCGGGUGUAUGGAUUCGGAGGCACUGCCGUCCUCGAGGAAUGUGGCGAAAUGUUGCAAUUGCGAAUGUAGUUGUACGUUGAUGAGCGGCUCCUCGGGGAGCUGGAUUCGCUCGGUUAAGAGGAAGUAUGCCGAGUUGGAUGAGGAGGGGAACCGGUUCUUUAUACCCGGGCUGGAAGUCUAUUACAAUGCAAAAGUCCAAGUGGAUCACGAAUGUAAUGCGCUGCGUGAGGCUCUCAGUAGCCAGCAGCAAACGAUACAAGAUUUGUACACCGAACUGGAUGAGGAGAGGAAUGCUUCUUCAUCAGCUGCAAAUGAGGCUAUGUCGAUGAUACUGAGGUUGCAGAGGGAGAAGGCUGAGAUACAGAUGGAGGCCAGGCAGUUCAAGCUCUUUGUCGAGGAAAAGAUGGCACAUGACCAGCGGGAGCUGGUGGCAUUGGAAGAUCUGUUGUAUAAGAGAGAGCAGACAAUUCAGGCACUCACAUGUGAAGUGCAGGCCUAUAAACAUCGGAUGAUGAGUUAUGGGCUCUCUGAGGCCGAGGCUGAUGGUGCCGGGAGCGUGCUCAGCCGAAACCAGAGCAUGGGGGACUGUGAAUCCCAGUAUGAUCUCCCCACAACUCCCAUAUAUGAAUACCCGCCUUUGAAAUGCAAGAUAAAUGAGACCCAAGGUCCGUUGGAGGAGGAUGAUGUAGCAGAUAUUGAGAAAUAUGCAUUUGGUGAGACUCCUCGAGAUCAAUUGAAGAACCUAGAAAAUAGGCUCUACCAGAUGGAGAGGUGUCCGAGCAAUAAUCAGUUGGAAGGGGAUUUUUCGGGUUCCAAGCACAUAUAUGAAAAGGGGGUGAUUGGCCAUUCUCCUAGGCGGUCAAGAAAUUCCAGGAUAGUUUCAAAUGAGUCAACUCCAUAUUCAGCGGUUGUAAGAGAAGCCGGUGCAGAUUUCUUUGCUGAAUCUCCUAGGUAUAGCAGCAGCUUCAAGAGGGCAGAGAAUGUCUCCCACCCUGAGGACUACUCAAAUAUGAGAAAGUUGGACAAUGCAUCAGAAAUUCGAGACGACACAAGUGACAGAAUUUAUACCAUUGACUCUGUUCAUAAUGGAGCACCAUACAGUGGUUUUAAUGAUGCCAAACCUGGGAUCUAUGGGGAUUACGAAAGUACACCAAGAGGGUCACUUUACCAUACUGAAGAUCCUGAUAUCAUGAAGCUCUAUAUGAGGCUUCAGGCACUUGAGGCUGACAGGGAGUCAAUGAGGCAAACAAUGCUUUCGAUGCGAACUGAUAAAGCUCAACUGGUGUUACUUAAAGAAAUAGCACAGCACUUGUAUAAAGACAUGUCACCAGAUGGACAAGUGAUUGUGAAUAAGCAAUCUGGCUUCUCAUUCAUGUCCGUUUUUAAGUGGGUCAAGUCCUUUGUUUUCUGGAGAAGGAGAGCUCGUCGGAGCAAGUACAUGUUUGGGCUAUCGGCCAAUGUGGGUUUGCUGAUGCUGUUAGACAAGGGCCCCCAUACAAGGCAGUGGAGAUGUCUUACUAGUACACAAAUCUGAAACUGGUUAGCAAACAUCCGUAUCCGUAUCUGUAUAAAGGAGAUGCUCAGCUCUCAACGAGUGGAACACCAAGGGCAGUUUUAAUCACGCUACUGCGAGUAGAUUUUUUACAUUCUUUUCCUGGUUUGGUUGUUGGUGCUGCUGAAUUUGGGUUUUUGUGCAGAGUGUUCUUUUGAUUCAUUUUUCAUUGGGGAUUUGAAUGUAAUUCGUUUGCCUGAUUUGGUAAAACAUUGGUACGCUUUGAGCAUAAUCUUGCUCAUAUAGUACCUUGGAAUUCAGCUCAAGCUUUGUGUCAUUUGGUAGUCCUCUCUCCUGUACAUUCCAGAUUCCUGUAUUGGCUGAUCUCAAUAUGCAAGGCCUAUUCUAGUAUACUUCAAGUCCUUGCUUUAUGCAGGUCCUGCCGAUGGGAUUUUAAAUGUUGUUUCCCUCGGAUUUUAGUGUGUGGUCUUUUUCAUCCUCGUCUUUUUCCUUUUAUAAAAGCAGAGCUGGUCCUUCAAAGAAUUAGGGGAUUCUUUUGGACCAGAGUAUAUGUUUGAUACAGAACCAUUG